CUUCCUUCGUCCCUCCAGAAAUGACGAUUGUCUGUCACCCCUCCUGUCACUACUUUCUGGCCAGACUGCUUCGAAAACUAUCGCACCACCACCAUUCGUCCCACCGAUACAGCUUUGUUUUCCUACUUGAAGAUGAAGAUGACCAAGAACUCGUCCACUUUGACCGUGCCGCCUGCCACCCUCUGGUAUAUCGUCACCUUGAUAAUAGUGACCAUUAUCAUGGCUCCGUGUCCUUGUAGAGGUCACGUGUCUCUGGUUAUUUCGCACUGGAACAAUGUUCCCAUAACUGCUUCGUCACGUGGCGUCGUGUUGUCCUCGCUGGUCACCGGGCUCCGUCAAGGAGAAGAAGAUCAUAAGAAUCAUAUUCGUCUUUCUCCGGGGAAUUUUCUCCAUCCGGAAGACGGAUUGUUUUCUUAUGCAGAGAAAUCUGCGAAUGGCACGUGGCGGAGAGAUUAUUAUAAAUUGUGGAAAAAUCUACUGUGGGACAGGCUCGGUGCGACGGCAGUGGCUGUGACCCACUCUGAUCUUCGGAUGGGGAUUGACCUCUUAUCCAACGUGAUGAUCGGAGAGAAGCUCCUUUUGUGCAAUGUGGUCCACCCGCGUCCCUACCAAGUCAUUCAGUGGGUCCCAUUUCACACCCACGUCACCCACGAGGAUGACACCGGGUUGGAAUUUCUCGUUGGAAUUGUGGGCAUUCUUCCUUUCUUUAAAGGACUUCGAGGUCACUUGGAGGUCAACGAGGUCACCGGGUCGAUUCGUGCCGUCGUUUCGGAGGCGAUGCACGAAUCGACCUCCGCCAUAAGAUUCUUCAUCGUCGUGGGCGAUGUCGGGGUCGAAUUGGGCAGAAAAAUUAUGGAUGCCGUGCCGCAAGUUGGGGUCAUCGUGUCCGGGGAAGCGUUAGGUUUUGGAGAGAAAGGAGGUCACGUUCUGUACAAGGGUGGCGUUAUAGCGUCAGCCGGCGUGGGUGGGGGCACGCUUGGUCGAGUGCACAUCCAAAUUGACCAUGAGACCGGAAGUGUCAUCAAAGUGGAGGCAUCCCUCGUGCAGAAUGAGUUUGACCCAGACCCUGAAACUGACCGGACACUUAACGCGAUUAGAAAUCUCACCCAAAGCAAAAUCGUUGGUCGGGUUGGAUUCCGUCUCGAUGAGAGUUGUCGCCACGACGAGGAUGAUAAAGUCUCAUCGGGCCAGUGUCUUAUCGGGAAUAUUGUGGCGGAUGCGAUGUCUCGCUGUGUCGAUCGUUCCUCAGUCAUCGCGAAUAAUCUCGGACUGAAAAGUUACGGGGACAAGGCUGUCCUCGGUUUGUGGCAUGAGGACGGAUUGACCCCGGAUAAAGUCAGCCUGCCAGCAUUUCACGACAUCCGUGAGAUCGAUGUGCAUCGCUGGAUGCCAUUUUUGGACUCGGCGUCCCUCUGGCGCAUCACGGGUGGGGCUCUCAUCAAACUAUUUGAAACGCACUCUACCCGCUUGUUCGUUUCCGACCAACUUCGCGUCGAAUUUGCGGGAUCUAAACUUCACAGCGUGUCCCACUCUUGGCGUAAUGGCGACUCUGUUAUCUCCAAAGAGGAAGAAUUUCUCGUCUUAAUUCCGUCCUUUUUCAUCACGCCGAACGCAACUGCAACUUCCGGUUGGUUGGAGGAGUACAAUGUUCCAAUCGUUGACGUCCGCUGUUUACUUCGUCUAUUCAAUGAGACGGAAGGUUUAAUCAGUUGGGGUGGCGAGACCCGGCGUAUCGUGGCGUCGGCGUCGUGGUCAUGGUGGAUCAAUUCGGUGCUCCUCGUGGUUAUCGUGGUGUUGAUAAGCCUCCUACUUUAUGGAAGAAUGAGGGGGGAUGAUAAAGGUGCCAAGAGAGGGAGGAGUGAUACCACGUGUCCAUGGGGUGGCUUAACGAGGAGUAAAGUUAUUCGAGUUGCUGAUGAGCACGAAGCAGAGGGGACGACCAGCAGCUGGCCUUUGAUUGAAAGACGACCCUCGUUACAUCAUCAUCAGAACAUCCACGACUAAAAAAAUCGGAGGGGAAGAGAACUCCACUCUCAAUUUGUGCCUCUCCAUUCAUUUCUUUGUGAAGGAUCAGCCCUUAUUUUAUUGUUAUUUCUUUCUAUAUUCGUAUGUGUACGUGGUGGCCAAACAUUUGUAGAAAUCCGUAAUAUAGUAAUAAAUGAGACGAGAUGAGAAUGAGA